AUGAUACUGCUUUCUGAAGAGGUGUUCGAUAGCUGUAAUGAUGUGAAUUAUGUUUUAACGGGAAAGCUCAGCCAGGAUGCUUUGGAGAACGCGUUCUCAACAGUUCGUGCUCAGGGAAACAACAGCCACCCAUCAUCCGUUCCUACUGCUCGGGUUAGCUCUUUGAAAAAUUGCGAGGACGAUAAUGCCCAAUAUCUAUUAUGCGAAAAUGCAACUACAUUCAAAGAUGCAACUAUUAAUACAAAUAAUGUACAAAUAAAUGUUGUUGAACAAUUCUUGAAAGACCUCAACACGGUUCAAACUAAUGACGUUGAAAUGCAGGCAGAAAGAUAUGUGCCGUGGUUCCAUGCACUCGUUCCAGAGGAUGUGAAACCACCUAAUAUAAUUAUAAUAAUGGCCGAUGAUAUGGGUUUUGACGAUGUCAGUUUUCGCGGCAACAAUGAGUUCCUGACACCCAACAUCGAUGCCCUGGCCUAUCAUGGUAAAAUAUUGCAACGUCUCUAUGCUCCGCCCAUGUGUACACCUUCGAGAUCGUCUCUACUGACCGGGCUAUAUCCCAUACAUACGGGUACCCAACACUUUGUCCUUGUCAACGAGGAGCCUUGGAGUAUUUUGGCUAAUCUCAACCACACCCUACCGAAGGUCCUGCAACGACAUGGCUAUUCCACAAAUUUGGUAGGAAAAUGGCACAUGGGUAUGGGCCGCAGGGAAUAUACCCCCACCUAUAAUGGCUUCGAUUAUCAUUACGGGUAUUGGGGAGCAUUUGUGGAUUACUAUAGGAGGACCUGUAAAAUGCCGACCAACUCCAGCAUGGGUUAUGAUUUUCGACGCAAUCUAGAUUUGGAAUGUCCUGAACCCGGAUCAUAUGUAACGGAUUUGCUAACUUCGGAAGCGGAACGUAUAAUUAUGGAGAAUUCCGCUAGUAAGAAACCAUUAUUUUUACUGGUCUCCCAUAUGGCAACACAUGCUGCGAAUGAUGAUGAUCCGUUGCAGGCUCCCGAUGAGGAGAUUGAGAAGUUCGGCUAUAUAAAAGAUGAGAAAAAGAGGAUAUAUGCAGCCAUGGCCUCCAAAUUGGAUGAGAGUGUCGGUCGCAUAGUCAAGGCCCUGGAUCGGGCACAAAUGCUGAAGAACUCCAUCGUUUUAUUUUUUUCCGAUAAUGGGGCGCCAUCGGUGGGUCUCUACCAUAACAGUGGGUCCAAUUGGCCCUUGAAGGGGCAAAAAAAUUCACCCUGGGAGGGUGCCCUGCGGGUACCCGGUGCCAUUUGGAGUCCUUUGUUGGCAAAUCAGGGAACGAUUUUUCAACCGAUCAUUUACAUGGCAGAUUGGUUGCCGACAUUGGCGGCAGCGGCAAAUAUCAAAAUGAAUUCGUCGCUCGAUGGCCUGAAUAUGUGGCCAGAUCUAUUAGUGAGCGACACCGCGAACCACAAGGUGGAGAAGGAUCGGGAAAUAGUUCACAUGUUGGAUGAUAUUUGGAAUUUAACCAGUUAUAUGAAGGGAAGGUAUAAAUAUGUACGGGGUACCACCAUAGGUGGCAUCUAUGAUAGUGUCCUGCUGCAAAGGGAUCCGCUAACCAAGGAUCCGAGAUCUUUGAAAUAUGAAGAGGCCAUCCAAACAUCCGAGGUAUCUCAAAGUUUACGAAAAUUCGAUCGCAAACCAUUGACUUCGUUGGAGAUACGUAAAUUACGUGCGGGUGCUGCUGUCAAAUGUCCCUCGGGAAGUAAGCAGACACCCUGUAAUGCCACCACAGAAGAAUGUCUCUAUGAUAUCCGCCAGGAUCCUUGUGAGCAAAAUAAUUUGGCACCCCUACCCGAAUAUGGGAAUGUUUUAAAGGAAUUGCGUAAAAGCGUAGAGCGACUGCGCCGAAAAGCUCUGCCACCAAAGACUGGUGGUAGCCAAUGGUCAUAUGAUCCAGGGUAUCAUGAUUGUACUUGGUCCAAUUUUCUGGAGGAUAAACCAACUGAGACGAUGUUACAGUGCAGUUAUGAUACGUUACCCUGUUAA